GUCCUCAAAAUUUUGCAAUUUCAACUGUUUUUCUACUUCCGUUAACAACUUUUUAUAUGUUGCCCAAUCGUUUCUGGUAUUUAAUUUUUUCAAGGAUAUUGCUUCUAGUGGGGAAAGCCACCAGGGUGUUUUCUGUUCUAAUAAAUUUUUAUAUUUCUCCCAUACCAUAUAGAUUGGUUUUCUUACAAGAGGAUUCAAAAAACCUUUAUGUACUUUUGCCUUCUCAUACCAUAAAUAUGCCUGCAACUAAACCUGUUCUCAUGACCCUCCAGGACUAGAAUAUUCAUAUUUGUUAAUGUUAUCCAGUGUUUUGUAAGUUUUUAAACUGCUGCACCUCUUUCUUACCAGAGGCUGUGCUCACUCUACGUUUGCCUCCACCAAAUUCUUUUUAAUUAAGCAAAUAAUAUUAAAUAAAUACUGACAGUCUUCUCAUGUCAUGUGUAUAACACAAAAUUAGCACAAUAAAUUUGCAGGUAUAUCUACAGCUGAUUCAUCUCACAGAAAUCCCUGCAGUUGCUGGCACAUUAUGCAUCGUCACUUUCCUUCUAGAAGGGCUAGCCCAGGCAUAGGCAAACUCGGCCCUCCAGAUGUUUUUGGCCUACAACUCCCAUGAUCUGUAGCUAACAGGACCAGUGGUCAGGGAUGAUGGGAAUUGUAGUCCCAAAACAUCUGGAGGGCCGAGUUUGCCUAUGCCUGGGCUAGAGGUUUCCUUCUUUUUCUUCCUGACAGUCAGUUUUAUUGCAGAAUAAUGUACAAGCUUUGUAGAAUUUGCUGACACCUCUAAUUCGGACAGACGGAACUUGGCAGAAGAUCAAGGGGUUCCUUCAUCUCUCUUGGAGGCUUCCUGAGAACACAAAUGGAUGAGCAAGACUCAUCUGGGCCUGAAGCAGGAAGAGGCCAUGACAUCAAAACAGGGAACAGUGGGGCAUUUUGGGAAAACUCUUUGCAGAAGAUCCUGGGUGAGGAGGACACUCUCCGCUCAGAGGUGCAGAGCCAGCAGUUCAGGCAGUUCUGCUUCCAGGAGGCCAAAGGACCUCGAGAGGUUUGCAGCCGACUCCACCACUUUUACCAUCAAUGGCUGAAGCCAGAAAGGCACACAAAAGCUGAGAUGCUGGACCUGGUGAUCUUGGAGCAGUUCCUGGCUGUCCUUCCACCGGAGAUGGAGAGCUGGGUGAGGGAAUGUGGAGCAGAGACCAGUUCCCAGGCGGUGGCCUUGGCCGAAGGUUUCCUCCUGAGUCAGGCGGAGGAGAGAAAGCAGGUGAGAGAGACUUUCCUAAGUAGCUCAGAACAUGAGGGAGAGUCUCCCUAAAUUUUCUACUAAUGGCCCACCCCUUUUUGGAAAGCAUCCAAGGAAUGAGAUUGGAUACCCCUCAGGUUUUCACCUCAGUCAUUGCUAAUCUUUCUCCCCAUUUUCUGUUCUGAAUCCUUGUUGCUAUUUCAGAGACAGGUUCUGUUUGCAGAAAUGGGUCUGGAUUCCUUUAAGACUGAAAGGACUCUGUUGGACACCAGAGAGAAGCCACUGGGUAAGGAGGAAUAAGAUUUUUCUCUGUUUGGUUCCGUUCUGUGGAUUUCAAAACAGACACAUGGGUUCUUUUCAUCUUUUGGGGGAAUAUUGUCCAAGAGCCCCAAGGAGGGAGAUGUAUUCUUAACACAACUAAAAUAUGAAAUGGGUGCAAAUGUCAUAAUCCAUUCAGCAGGCAAGACUUUUUCAAAGGCCCAUUUGUAGUUUGAUAUGUAGUGUUUAACCUCUGAGAAAAGCAUCUACUCCUGGCUUCCCACUUACCUCUGUCUCUUGCAGGCGACCAGAUGAUGCCAGCAAGACCUCCUCUUCCAUCUAUUCCUGGUGGUGAAGGAGGAGCAACGGCUGUGGAACCAGAUGGGGUAGGGGAAAUGAGUAUUGUGGGGAAGGGGCAGUGGGGAGGGGCAGCCGGGGUCCCUCCAGACCCAAGCAAAUCUCUCAUUUUCUUAACAAACCUGCCCUGAACUAUUUAUUUUAGAAGGCUUAUGUGCUGGGAAUAAGGAACAGCCAUCUCCCCUUAACUCGCCUUCUGAAUGUUGCUAAUAUGAUUCACCAGUUGUUUGCAGUUUUAUUUCUAGAUUUAUUAUUAAAUGCAAACACAGGCUUCUAAGCAGUUUACACACCAUACAAAAGUGUGUGGGAAUGUUCAGGGCGGCAGGAGAGGAUAUAUUGUUUAUUAAUAUCCUUCCUGCAGAGACGCGGCUGGCGCUGUGGUCUAAACCCUGAGCCUAGGACUUGCCGAUCAGAAGGUCGGCAGUUCGAAUCCCCACGAUGGGGUGAGCUCCCGUUACUCGGUCCCUGUUCCUGUCUACCUAGCAGUUUGAAAACACGUCAAAGUGCAAGUAAAUAUAUAGGUACUGCUCCAGCGGGAAGGUAAAUGGUGUUUCCGUGCGCUGUUCUGGUUCACCAGAAGCAGCUUGGUCAUGCUGGCCACAUGACCCGGAAAAACUGUCUGUGGACAAAUGUCGGCUCCCUUGGCCAGUAAAGCAAGAUGAGCGCCACAACCCCAGAGUCGUUCAUGAUGGGACUUAACUGUGAGGGGUCCUAACUUGCGCUAGCAAGCAGAGUGCAUUCCCUCUUUACACAGCAGAAAACUGGUUGCAAACUCAUGUGAGUUUCUUAAGACAAUAAGCAAUUCAAUCUGGCUUGUCCAGAUUGAAACGUGUUCUGAUAUUUUCCUUCCUAAUUGAAUAAAUACAGCAUAGUCUUCUUCAUAAGCAAUAAAAAGAAAGUUUACUGAUGAUCAGGCAGAGCACAGUGUGAUCCCUGAAGGCAGACUUAAGGCUGAAAGUUGCAAGCAUAUAAAAACAGGAUUACCCCAUAAGGGAGAUGACCUGGGGGACUGCUUGGCUGGCAGCCAGCAGUUCAGUCCAGGAAGUUUGCAGGACGAAAGGAAGAUGGAAAAGAGAGAGAGAGGCAGUAUGCCUUGGCCUUUUCCCAGGUCUGGGAAGGUCACACCCACCCACUAGUCACAUGCAAGGAAGGAUGCUCCAGGCCAGGAGGAACAGGAAGUUCAACUGACUGGACCAACAUCCCCGGCAUGUCCACUCUAGCAAAACAAGGAAUGUUGUAUUUGACUGCUCCCAGUGGAUUACAUCCCACAAAGGGCCAGGAUUCAGCUAACCAGCCCCAAGAGUUACGGAAUGGGGCUUUUGCCCCAAUCUCCUCCCCCUUCCUGUGCCCCCGUGUUUCUCUUAAAGUUGACUUCAGGGUAUCAGGUUCCUCCAAAAGAGCACACAGGGAAAGGAGAGCGGCAAUGCUGGCACAGACAGAGUGAUUUGAGGAACACAUUGUGGAGUUCCCCCAUUUACACUAAGGUUAAUGUCCAUCAUUAAAAUGCACACUAAAAUAAUUCCAUUAAGAUAUUUAAAGAAACACCCACAAUUAAAAUGUGCAGCAAAACGAUCCCAUUAAAAUAACACAGCAGAAAGCAAUAGAGCAAUUUAUAGCAGAUCAUCUUCAUUCUGACUAAGAGGAGGACCUUUCUCUUUCUCUCUUAGGGUUCGGUGUGCUUUGAAGAUGUCGCUGUUCAUUUCACAGACGAGGAAUGGGCGUUGCUGGAUCCUGACCAGAGAGCUCUGCAUAAGGAAGUCAUGGAGGAGAAUCGCGGGAUCGUGGCCUCUCUCAGUAAGGCUCCCUUGUGGAUCAUAAUAUCUCUUCGGAAAUUCCACACAUACCUCUCUGUGAUAAGCCUGUUGACAUGCAACCAAGGAAACAGGGGCAAUUGGCAGGCCCCCCGCUGGCUCCAGCCCACCGGCCAUUGUGCCGGGCGAUCUCCAGUCCUUGACGCAGCAUCUGCGACCCAAGCUUCAGAAGCUGGGGCACGCUACUCAGCAGAGUAAACACUACGCAACAGAAGCAGAAGGAGAAGUUGUCUGAGCAUAUUUACAAGCAGUUUAUUCAGCUACAUCAGGACAAAAGGAAAACAUGUCUGAUCUCCUUCGUGUCCAAAGCAAGACAGCAAAAGCUAUACACAAACAGAAGUUCCCAGCAAGCUGUACUGGAGUGUAAACAGACAUGUGACAUACAACAAUUCCACACGUCUGUCCUUAAGGUGGAACAGAAUAUCCCAACAAAGCCUCCCCGAUUUUGAUGGAAAUCAACAGGGCCACUUGCAGCAUCUGGGAUGCAAUGCUAACACCCCCACAACUCACCUUGCAUGGGGGGCUGUUGAUUAUUUUGUCUGUUAAUAUUGUUCCUCCUGUUGUUUCUUUUUAGACAUUGAUCAGGCUGGUCUGAACUGCUUUUUUCUUCUUUGCUUCUGUCUGUUUUUGAUUGACUAAAGAGAGGACAGCUAUUGGAGGUGGAGCAGAUUCCAUGAUUGGGCAAUAUCUAUCCCAGGAGAGAGACAGGCUAUUCGAAUCUCAGGUUCUCAUAGGUAUUUCUGUUAAUGCCAGCAAUCAAAGGCCGUGAACCCUGGAAUAAGACUUUCCAUCUAACUCCCUGUAUCACAAGUGUUAAUGAGCAUUGCUCCAUAAUUGGGAACUCCCAUUUCUUCCUGAGACUCUAAUCCAUCUUUUUCUUCAUUUCAGGUGAUGAUAAAUGGGAAAAUAAGAAGAAGGGAGACCAUGACAUAAUUCAGACGGUGGAUAAGCCGUAUCAACAUUUGGAGUAUGGAGAGAGCUUCAGCCAAAGCUCCCAUUCCACUUCCCAUCAAAGAAAUCCCAUUGGGAACAAACCUUAUCAAUGCUUGGAAUGUGGAAAGAGCUUCAGUCGGAGGGAAAGUCUCACUUCCCAUCAGAGACUUCAUACAGGAGAAAAACCUUAUCACUGCUUGGAAUGUGGAAAGAGAUUCAUUCGGAAGAGAAGUCUCACUUCCCAUCAAACCACUCAUACAGGAGAGAAACCCUAUCAGUGCUUGGAAUGUGGGAAGUGCUUUAACAUACACACAAACGUCCGCCGACAUCAGGUAAUUCACAGCGGGGAGAAACCGUAUCAGUGCUUGGAAUGUGGAAAGAGCUUCAAUAAGAGCUCCAAUCUCACUUCCCAUCAAAGCAUUCAUACAGGGGAAAAACCCUACCAGUGCUUGGAAUGCGGAAAGAGCUUCGGUCGGAACUCCCAUCUCACGUCUCAUCAAAGAAUUCAUAGAGAGGAGAAACCCUAUCAGUGCUUGGAAUGUGGGAAGAGCUUCCCUUGGAAGGAAAGUCUCACGUACCACCAAAGAAUUCAUACAGGGGAGAAACCCUACCAGUGUCUGGAAUGUGGGAAGACCUUUACUACAAGUGCAAACAUCCGCCGACAUCAAAGUAUUCACCGUGGGGAGAAACCAUUUCAGUGCCAAGAGUGUGGAAAGAGCUUUAGUCGGAAGGAAAGUCUCGCUUCCCAUCAAAGCAUCCACACAGGGCAGAAACCCUACCAGUGCUUGGAAUGCGGAAAGAGCUUCAGUCGGAACUCCCAUCUCACUUCCCAUCAAAGCAUUCAUACAGGGGAGAAACCAUAUCAGUGCCCGGAAUGUGGAAACAGGUUCAGCAGGAGAGCCAAUCUCGCUACCCAUCAAAAAAUCCACAGCAGGGAGAAUAAUAGAAUUGUAGAAUUGCAGAGUUCGAAGGGACCCCGUGAGUCAUCUAGUCCAACCCCUUGCAAUGCAGGAAUCUCAGCUAAAGCAUCCGUGACAGACGACCAGACGACCUCUGCUUAAGAACCUCCAGUGAGACCCCACCACCUCCCGAGGGAGUCUGUUCCUCUGUCAAAGAGCUCUUGCCUAGUGCAGAAUUUCAGUCCAUGUGUUGAGUGGUGCUCUGAGCUCCAACCACAGCAGUGGGUAGAUGGUAGCAGGUCAGCGCUUUAUUGACCGGCUUAAGGCAAGUGGUAGCUGACCAGUGAGGCACUGAAAUCUAUCCCACCAACAAAGGCAACCUGUAGCUCUCAUAUCGUACGCCAAUCAGGUCAAGCUUUUAACCCGUAGCUGCUGCCUUCAGUAUUGUUUUUGCCACAGGGAGGAGGAGGCCUUCUGUGAGCAGAGCUGAAAUGUCAGCCUGACAUCAUUCGCUCCAUUUCCUUUACUAGUAUUUCUUUGCCGUCUGCUUGAGGGCUUUGCAGAGCCAGAGCACACACUCGGCAUCUCACAAAGAGCCAAGCAGGACACACCUGGGCUCCUUGGUGUGUGUGUGUGUGUGUGUGUGUGUGUGUGUGUGUGCCCUGCAUCCUGGCCUGCUUACGAGCUGUGGAAGCACCCUAGAAUCAUAGAAUCGUAGAGCUGGGACCCCGAGGGUCAUCUAGUCCAACCCCCUGCAAUGCAGAAAUCUCAACUAAAGUCUCCCUGAAGGAUGGCCACCCAACCUCUGCUUAAAAACCUCCAAGGAAGAAGAAUCCACCACCUUCCGAGGGAGACUGUUCCUCUGCCAGAAAGUCCCCCCCUGACAGUUUAGCCUUGCCGGCUGAGUCGGGCUCAGUUUUGCCCAGCCAGCUCCCCCUGUGCUUUGCAAGGAUCCUUCGACAAUACACAGGGUAGUGAUAUAAUAGCAAAAUGCAAAGUCACACAAAAUAUAUAUCACCAAGGGCAAAUGCUCCACAAUAAGGAAUUCCUAACUUCACUCUUAAAUAUGUGAGUCCUGCCAGCAUCUCCCAAGGAAGGGUAACAAAUAGAAGACCUUUUUCUGUUCUUCCCUGCAUAUGGGGACAGGUAUAUUCUACAGAUUUUUCAUACAAGCGAUGGAGGCUGGGAUUAGUUCUACAAACCUUUUGUGAUGAAAUUCGUAAUUUUGUCAUUUUUCUACCUUUAUAGACCUGCCCGUUUCUCUAAGCUAUGGAUGCGUAGUCUUCUGUGUAGAGGUUACAUAUAUGGGAUAUAUUCUCACUGUAAUUCUCCCCACCCCCAACCGAAAAAAAGAAAAAUUACAAACAUCAAAUUCAACAUCCAUAUUCAUUUUCUAACAUAAACCUAUUACAUAAUUAACUAAAUUAAAAUAUACCUAAUUAUUCUAAACUUCUCUUUGCUGUAUACAAAUACAACACAGUUAGAAAUUUUAUAUUAAAGUUUUUAUAUUAAAAAUAUUUCAAAUUCCCCUAUACCCCCGUUUCCCUUCACUCACGUGUGAUCUCAUUUUUUUAAUUUAUUUUUUACUUCUUCCGUCUUCUUGUGUUGUUAUAUUCUCACCGUAAUUCAACCAUUCCAUAUGGAAAUAGAUGUUGACUAUAAUCAUUGCUUUUAUCGUAUCAGCUCAAUGAUUAAGCCCCUUUGUGGGUUGAAGUGCUGAUUGUACUGGAAAAGCAUCCGGGGGUUGACUCGCGAGUUGACAUUGCUUCUAUCAAAUACACGAGUGAUUGCAAAGAAAAAGACAACGUCUGAGAUUUCUUCGUUUGCUUGCUUAGACUCCUUAUUGUGGAGCAGUUGCCCUUGGUGAUAUAUUCUUGUACGACUUCGCAUUUUGCAAGAUUCCUAGCAGGUGCGCCAGAAAGUGGCACCAGGAUCAGGGCCAUUGCCAUUGCCCAGCCCUGCUCUGGGGAGGAGGAGGAGGAAGCAAGGAAGCGUCUUCCCAGCUGAGUCGGCUUCUUUUCCCACAGAACAUCCGGGCCUGGGUGAAGGACAAGUCUGAGGUUGAGGUGGUCGACCUGGUCCUGAAGCUCCAGGAGAAGCUGGUAAGCAGGAUGCUCCCAAGUGAGUUGCGCCCGAUGGGUGCAAGGUGCUCGGAUCGGGGCUCUCUCCUCGAGGGAGCAGAGCGGAGCCUGGCUGGCUGGCUGGCUGGCCCCUCCAGACUCUGGCCAGGCCUGUUUCAGCCUUGGGAAUCCCCUAAGGAAAUCUCAGCAGACGAGUCUCAGGUCUAAACUCCUACAGAUCCCUCCGCUGAACUUUUGCAUGUGGGCAAUAACUGGAAUCCUGAAGGAGGAGGAGACUCUCUUGGGUCGUUGGGCGAUGUGUUGGUCCCCAUCUGUGGGGACAGGCAGGCAGGUGAGCAUCCCUGUUGCCAAAGGGAGAGAGAAGCAGCUUCUCUCAAGGUGGGCACUUGGUACGUCAGAAAGAAAUGGCGAUACAGAUGUUUGAAAGGAUGUGCUGCCCAGUUCACGGGACGGCUUCAACCAGUCAGUCACUUUAAUGACCUGAUUCUGCCUCGCCCAGUGGACUGGGAGCCAGAGACUGGAUCAGGCCACAGGGGCCCAUCUUGGCCAGCAUCCUGAAGCUCCAGGAGCAGCUGGUAAGCAAGGUGCUCCCAAGUGAGUUGUGCCUGAUAGGUGGAAGGUGCUCGGAUCGGGACUCUCUUCUCAAAAGGCAAUCAGCCGCAGGUCUGUGCCCUGCUAGGAUCUCACCCUUGAGAACCAAAAGGGGUGCAGCCUCUACUGGGGGGGGGGCUGAGCAGAGCCUUGUUCUGCUUGAGAAGGAAGGAGGCCUUUGAAGGAGAAAGGCAGCGUUGUCUGCCCCACUUGCCGUCUCUCUCUGCCCCCCGCAGACAAGGGCUGCUAGCCGGACUUAUCCUCCCUCAACUUGCCCCUUGCUGCCUGAAGUCAGGCUUUCUCCGUGGGGCCCACCCAGAGAUAGUAGGAGGGGUGAGGGCAGCAUCAGGCUGGCACUCUGCCAAUGGGGCAUCUGUCCUUUUCCCUGCAUCUUAUCUAAAAAGCAUUCAGAAAUGUACAAACUGAACCCAUUGAGAAGGGAUGAGCAGUUUUACAGCAUGCUAUGACUUAAAAGAAAACUAUAUGAAAAUGAUGUGUAGAUGGUAUUUGAUGCCUAGUAGGUUAGCUAAAAUGUACAAGACUGAAUCAAAUACAUGCUGGAAUGUAAAGAGAAGGAAGGAACCUUUUUCAUAUCAUACCUACAGGACCGCUUCUCCUGGUAUGUCCCACGGAGGACCUUACGGUCUUCAAAUAAAAACAUCUUGGAGGUCCCUGGCCACAGGGAGGUUAGGCUGGCCUCAACCAGAGCCAGGGCUUUUUUGGGCAUGGCCCUGAUCUGGUGGAAAGCUCUGACACGAGACUAGGGCCCUGUGGGACUUGACAUCUUUCCGCAGGGCCUGCAAGACGGAGCUGUUCUGCCUGGCCUUUGGCCAAGGCACAGUCUGACCCCCUCUCUCCUUCUGUAAUCCUCACAGAACUCUAGCCCAAUGGUUGCCAUUAAUUUGAUUUUGAAUUGAUUUUGGAAUGAAUUGAUUUUCGAAUGUAUUUCAAUUAAUUGAUUGUGAUUUUAUGUAAACUGUGUUAUUUUUACUGUUGUUAGCCGCUGUGAGCCUGGCUUUGGCUGGGGAGGGCGGGAUAUAAAUAUAUUAUUAUUAUUAUUAUUAUUAUUAUUAUUAUUAGGUGGCCAUGUAAGAUAGUAAAAGUCUUCUGGGAGGUGAUUUUAAAGAACAGAAAAAACCUCUUUAGCUAUGCUACUACGGCUGCCCGAAUGGUGUACACCCAGAAAUGGCAAGAAGAAAGAGUUCCAAUGAAGGAUAACUGGCAGCUAAAAUGGAUGGAGUAGCAGAAAUGGCAAAACUUACCGGAAGAAUAAGUGCUAAAGAUGAGAGUUUUCUUAGAACAGAAUGGGGGAAAUGUGUUGACUACAUGAAGAUGCACUGUAAACAAUUAAAAACAUUAGCAGAAAUGAUGUAAUAAACAUGAGCAGUAAUAAUUAAAAAGAAUUAUAAAGGGAAAAUUUGUAAAUAGGUCUGAACUGGAUAUGCAGCAAGAAUAAGAUACAAAAUAAGUAACCACAGAGAAG